UAAAGGUUAUCAAAAGUGCAAGCAUCAACGGAUUUAAUCACAUCUUGGAAGCGCAACGGCAAACUGACACUUUCCUUUUCAUCAUUACAAAAUAAGGGGCAUUUAGUUGAUUUUUAGUUCUGUAACGAAUCGGAAUAAAAUAUUAAAAUGAAUAUUUCUACUUAUACGCGUAUAUUGGCAAUAUUGUUAAUUGUAUUACAAGUGAAUAGCAAGUGCAUCAAUAAUUCAAAAGAGUUGGAUCAUCAAUGCAGUACUUAUUGCUAUCAAGUUGUCAAGCCCCUUCUACAAUACGUAAAUACGGUCAAAGAAUAUAAUGAGCUGCAGCAUACAAUCAAGUUACAAGCAGAAACAAUAAACAAGCUAAAUGAAUUGAUAAAGUCUAAGGAUAUACAACUAGCACAGCAAACCAAAUUGAGUGAAUCGUAUGAAAGUCAAAAUCAAUAUCAAAAGAAACUUCUUGAUCAAUAUGAAAUUCAAUUAACCACCUUAAAAUCAGAAAUCUCUUUGAAAGAUAAAGAGAUUAAAGAUUUGCAAUCUCAAAAUCUAAAAACAAAAGAGCUUCAAACUCAAAUCACAGCAAUUAAACAAGCAUCCAGCUGCCUAGGCAAAUUGACGUAUCUUCAUGCCUUAAGAGUCCCCAUAUUUCAUAGAAUGACAGUUCCAUGUGAAUCGAAUUUACCUGAGGCUGGAGCUGGUUGGACUGUAAUCCAGCGGCGUAAAGAUGGUAGUGUGAAUUUUAAUAGAACGUGGUCAGAGUAUAGAGAAGGCUUUGGAAAUCUUCAUGGCGAAUUCUUUCUUGGACUGGAGAAGAUUCAUUUGCUGACACAAUCCCAGCCACAUGAAUUGUUUGUCUUCCUUGGGGAUUUUUUUAAUGAAACCCGCUAUGCCCGAUAUAACAACUUUGUCAUUGGUAACGAAAAAGAAUUCUACGAGUUAAAAGAACUCGGAACAUUCUCAGGCACUGCUUCCGAAUCAAUGCAACCUCACAUAAAUCAAAAGUUUUCAACACCAGAUAGGGAUUCUUCUAACAAUUGCGCUAAAUAUUAUAGUUCUGGAUGGUGGUUUUCCAAUUGCUAUCGUUGCAAUCUUAACGGAAAAUAUAUAUAUUUCGAUAAUGGUACGGAUGUCAAUGGCAUUGAAUGGAGAUGGUGGAAGGCUCGACCGAUGAAAUUUGCACAAAUGAUGAUUAGGCCACUUGAGUAAAAUUUUAUAAAUAAUAUAAACACAACAGUCGUUCAGCAUUUCAAAAAAAUUAAAAAAUGUUGUAUGUCCUUAAAUGAAAACUUUAUAUAUUUUAUAUCUGUUAAAUUGUAAUCAGGUUCUGUCUGUCAUCGAUGAGCAUGUUUAAAUGUAAACUUUGAGAUACCCACUAACAAGUUUCAAUAAAAGGCAAACAAUACCAAAUGGAUAUUUUCUAUUAAUAUACCAACUAAAUAUACCAAGAUAUACUUAUAUGUACAUAUAUUUGAUAUUAUAUUUUAUGACCACAUGCAAAUAUACCAAUAGCGACAAAAUAGUU